UUCCCUUCUUCCUUCCCACCAAAUUUCUACUCUGCGCUUUUCGCAACAAGAAGAUCCCAUCAAAUUGUACAUCAAUAUUAUUCAAUAAUCUUCCAUCUACACAAUGGACAAUACCAAGCAACGAUUGAAAGUACUCAACUCUUACAUGGUUGAGUCUAAUCAGCCAACCAUUGAAGCAGCAUCAGAUUAUAUUAGUUACGAAACUGGUGCUUUUACAAGUCCACUCAAUUUUGCUGAUCGUUGUGGUUAUACUACUCGUUUUGCUAAAGAAGCUGAACAUAUUCAAAUUUUGCAAGAAAUAAUAGAAACUGGUGAAUACUUUAUUCAAACCUUGUACACUUAUCGUUCAAUUUCACGUGCUCUUCCUCAAAUUCAAGCAGAUUCUGAAAACAAGGCUGAAUUAUAUAGAAAGUUUUUCGAUGUUUUGGAACCAGAAAUUAAAAAGAUUCGUGAUUUGAUGGCUUUUCACACAAAUACCGUCAAAACACUCACAAAGAUUAUGAUUGAAAUGGCUGCUAAUGAAAAGAGAAAGGAAAUUCCUAGUGAAACCAUGUUUGAUUAUAUGAUUAGUGUUUUAGAUACAAUCCUCAAGUUGGAUGCUCUCAAAAACAUGAAAGCAGCCAUUAACAACGACAUGUCAACUGUUAGACGUGCUGCUCAAUUCAUGGACAAGGAAGGUUUAACACAAGAACAAUUGAAUUUCUUAGAUACAAAGAGUGAAGAAUAUGGUCUUCUUUAUAAUUUCUUAUCAAACAAUAAUACUAUCAUUUCUGGUCUCAAAGAUUCUCUGAUAAAGAAUGCUGGAUAUGAAGAUAUUAUCAUUCUAUUGAUGGAAAGAUGCUCUGAAAAUUUUGAAGAUCAUCAAUAUUUGUUCUGUGAUCAAAAACACACAUUAAUUCGUGUUUUGGUAUUUGGAAUGUAUCUCAUUGAUAACAAGGAUACUUCAAAGAAUAACUAUUUGAGAAAAGUUGGAUCCAACAGUAUGGGUAGAUUUAACAAGAUUUUCAAAUCAUAUCCAAAUAUUCCAUUAUAUGGUGAUAUGACAUUCUCUAUCAAGACAGUUUUAAAGAAUUGUCCAAAUUUACAAGAAAAGGAUUGGUCUCUCUCUCAAAAGGAAGAAGAACAAUUACAAAAACAAUUCCUUCUUGUUAAUCAAAUUCCAAAGAUGAGAUUUGAUUUCCAAAAUUUCACUAAAAAUUAUAAACUUCAUAUCAAUCGUAUGAAGAAAUUGAUCAAGGAUUCUCCAACAAGUCAAGAAUUGUUAACAAUUAUUCCUCAACCAAUGCGUGAAAAAGCUAAAGAUAUGACUGAACAAGGUAUGAAAUUAAUUGCCUCUUGGACAACCGCUAUCUUGGAACAAUGUGCUUGGAAAUACUCACAUCCAAUUGAUGAUGAACAAGCAAGAACUUUAAAGCAACGUUAUGAAGCUGUUGAUGCUAGUCAAAAGGUUGAUAUACUUGAAUAUGAACGUGUGGUUCGUUUCAACUAUGACAAGGAUGAAAGAUCAGCUCUAGUUGAUGCCAUUUCAAUGAUCAAGGGUCUCGAAAAUAUCAUGUUACAACAAAAUGCAUUGAUGGCUCCUUUGAUUCGUUCAGAAAUUCACUACCAAUUGCAACAGUUCAUCCAAGUUGACUUACAAGAUAUGCUCUAUCACACAAAGAACAAGCAAAGACCAAUCUUCCCAACUGUUUUGGAAUUGAGAAACUUGGCUGGUGACUGGCUCAAUGAACCACCUCAAGACAUUACCAAACCAACAAAGAAGAAGGGUGAAGCUGCCUUGGAAUAUCCAAAGAGAAUUGUUGGUCCAUCUUUCACACAACUUCACAUGAUUCGUUCAAUCAUUUCCACUUUGUACAGUGAAAGAAGUCCAGGUAUGCAAAAAUCAGGUAUUUUCUCCAAGAAAGACUUUAAUGAUUCCCAUGUCGAAUCUUUCAAGGAAUUCUACAAUAAGACCUACACUUGGAAUUACUUGUUGGCCUACUCUACCACAUUGAGACGUGCUGCUGAUUUGGCUGAUUUGUGGUAUCGUGAAUUCUAUUUGGAAAUUUCCAAGAAGAUUCAGUUCCCUAUUGAAAUGUCAUUGCCAUGGAUUCUUACUGAAGAAAUUUUGAAGAGAACUAACAGUGCCUUGAUGGAAUCUAUCAUUUAUCCAAUUAACAUUUACAAUGAUGCCGCUUAUAGAGCAUUGUUUGUUUUGAAGCGUAGAUUCUUAUAUGAUGAAAUUGAAGCUGAAGUUAACUUGGUCUUUGAUCAAUUGAUCUUUAAAUUGAGUGAAUCUAUCUACAAACACUACAGAUCUGUUGCUCUUGGUAUUUUACUUGACAACAAGUUGCGUGUUCCAUUAGAAAAGGAUCAAUUCGUAAAGACAAACUUUAACUUUACCAAGAGCAAGUUUGACGUUUUGCUCUUACAGAAACACAUUAACAUUCUUGGUCGAUAUGUUGACUUGAACUAUAUUAUUACCCAACGUAUGAACGUAAACAUCAGAGAAAACAUUUUGGCUCUCAUCAAGAAAUUCGAAUCCCAAGAAUUGAAUGGUAUCGUUGAAUUGGAAAUCAUGUUGGAAAGUGUUAAAAUCACUCACCAACUUUUAUCUAAACACCUUGCUUUGGACUCUUUCGAAUCUGUCUUUGCUGAAGUCAACGAUUGUACCAGUAUGGUUUCAUUCGAAAGUCGUAUUGCCAGACACAUUAUUGAAGAAUUGAUUAUGGACUUCUUCCCUAACUUCUGUUUCAACACUGUCACCCAUCGUUUCGUACGUAGUAAAUAUACAUACAGUGAAAUUGACUACAAGAGAGAAAGUUACAAGCCUCGUGCUCUCCAUCAAUUUGUAACAGCUGGUUUCUCUGAAGCAUUCACACCAAUUUUAGAUCAAUAUAAGGAAUUCUUCGGUCGUCCACACAUUGAAACUUUGAUCAGAUUGGUUGGUCAAGAAUCUCUUGCCCUCAUUAUUGAAACUGUUAUUACUGAUAUUGAAGAUAAGUUGUACAAUCAAAUGUCUCCAUACAUUGGUGCUAUGAUGGAAGCCAUUGCACCAAAGAUUACACUCCAACCUGCUGCUUACAAAUUAAUAGGUGUCUAUUCAUAUUUCAUUGCUCAAUUCAGAGAUUUCCUUGAUUAUGAUGAUUUGAAGGGAGGUGUAUUCCACGCCUUUAGAAGUAUUGGUAAUUGUAUCUGUUUCCUUCUCUUACUCGAUUCUAGUAUGAUGCCUCAAAAUAUUUCAACCUAUAUUGCUUCUGCUCCAUUCUUGGGUAUUAAGCCGCUCACUAAGACUGCCAAACAAAAGAGAGUUGAAAAGUUACAAGAAGAAAUUGAAAAUGAAGCUGAAUUCCAAGAACAACAGCAACAACACCAAAAGAAUAGUCUUGCACGUAAAUCAUCUCGUUAUGGUUUAACAAGUGAACACAUGAUGUCAGAAGAUUUACUCUUGUUGCAAAAACUUUCUGAUUAUUAUAUUAGAAAGGAUGUUGAACAAACACCACUUGCCACAACUAUUGCUUCAUUCGUCAAUGAUCCACAAGUUCAACAAAGUAUUCACGCUCCAGAAUUGUCCAAGAAGCUUACUGAACAAGCUUCUAGAGCUAUGAGAAUGUAUCAACCUCCACGUGAACUAUUGUCACUCUUCAAACAAUUCUUGGAAAGAAUGAGUGGUUUCCUUGCUAACGUUAGAGAAUCAUGGAAAGGUACUUCACCACCAGAUCGUUUGCAAAAGUUGGACUCUUCAAAGGAAUUCUAUCGUUUGUGGGGUGUUUUGCAAUUUGUUUUCUGUAUUCCACCUGAAGUUGCCAAUGAACCAUCUGAUUUUGAAGUCUUUGGAGAUGGUUUCUUCUGGGGAGGUUCUACAAUUGUCUAUCUCUUCCAACAACAACUCAGAUUUGAUGCUUUCAACUUUUCUGAUCACGUUUUGAAUAUUUCCAAUAUUUCAAAGGAAGGUUUUGAAAAAUUGAAACCAUUCCUCAAUAAUGCACACAUUGUUCGUUCCAUUAACAAUCGUGUAUUCAAUUGCUUACGUAAUUACUAUCCACUUGCAGACAAUACUCCAGAUGAUUACGCACCACCAGCCGAUGAAGAUUUCACAAAGGUCAAAAUUGUUGCCACUGUCACAACCAAUGAACAAUCAUUUUCUAAUUUCAGAAGUCGUGGAUCAGUAUUUGGUGGUUCUUCACAACAUACUCCAACUUCACAACCUCCAUCUAUGGAUACAUACAGUAGCAGUCCUAGCUCAUAUUCUUCAUCCCCAACAAUGGGAGGAAAUAUGAUGAAUACUCCACCUCCACCUCCACCAUCAGGUGGUUCUAUGCCUCCACCUCCACCUUCAUUUGGUGGAGCAAGCAGUGUUCCUCCACCUCCACCUUCCUCACCAAUGUCAGGAGGUGUUCCUCCUCCACCUUCAUUUGGUGGUGGUAGUGUUCCUCCACCUCCACCAAGAUUCUAAUUCUUUGGAAGCAUGAAGUGGAUCUAGAGGAAUUGUAAUAAUAAAAACCAUGUCUUGAAAA